ACCCUGCAGGAGCUGGGCAUCGAGAAUUUGAGGACUGCCGAGCGCAUUUUUCGCUUGCAACGCACACGUCUUCUUGAGGUGGGAUCUUCUCCUGCGUCGGCGGCUCAGUUGGCUAAAACCAGCGACAAAUGGAAGAGUAAAUAUGCAGAGCAUAUGAGCACCGUCGAGGCCGAGUUAAUGACCAGCCACAGGGUUUUGGGAGCGUUGUUUUAUGCCGCUGCCAUGACCGAUCUUUCCACGUAUAAUCAAGCGAGUUAUUGGGAAAUGGGGAAGUUCUCUCUACAGAUCGCUUUUGAAUUCGAUUACGAAGAUGCUGCUAUUGCGUUUGCGAGAAUCGAGCUCAGAGCCAAUGGCUUGCGGCCGAAAGGAGAUCCUCAAUCGCUCCUCAAGCCCGUUGAUCUACCGCCCAAAAUCCUGGGAUAUAUUCAUCGGGCUGCCAUGUCCAGGUCAGAUUGGCGAGCCAUGUCCCUUUAUCUGGAUUACGCGUUGAGGAAGCCACAGAAUAAAGUGACUGCACAAAAUUCUUAUCAGAUUGCAGUUGACCUUUCAAGGAUGGCAGGUCCCAGCUCGACCAAUGUGGACGAUGUCAGCCCCUCAGAGCGCUAUGAACUACCUUGGUUUCAACUCCAGAAAGCCGCGGACGAAUACUAUGCUCACUUACCUGAAGACAGUCCUGAGGCGGCGAGUGUACAGCAAAUGUACGUCAAGGCUCUAAAUACUGGCAGGGAUAGGUGGAAUGAUAGCCGAGCUGCCGAACUUCUUCUGAGAAACACUGACGAAAUCACGCCGGGUUCUACAAGAUGGGUCGAAUUAUUAACUCAAGCUGCGAUGCAAGGCAAUCCAGACUCCUGUUUCAAGUUGGGCCACUAUCUUCUCAGGCAAGAAGGCUGGCAUCCCGAUUGCCUAGGGAGCACGCGUCCACAAUCCCGGACAAGUUUUUGGUGGAUCGAGUUGAGUGCAUAUGCUAUGAGACACUACCCCGUAUGGGCAAGACAGCGAUACCUCCUUCUUGCGGUACUCCUGCGUGAGAACGGUUUCGAGAAGGAAGCAAAGUCCUAUCUC